AUGGAGCAAGAACAUUCCUUGGAUAACUUUGAUCUCCUAGGUCUCCCACCCCUUGGCGAUCUCUCACAACUGAACGAAGACGCUAUAGAAAUGCUUGAAAAGCGAUUGAAUGAUCUCCGAGAGAUUUAUCAUAACUCCAGAGCUGAACUUCUUAUGAUGGAAAGGAAAAGGCGGAAAAAGGCCGAGAAGAGGAAAGAACGAGAAAGAGCACUCCGCGAAGCUUCAGCCAUGGAGAAGCCACAAUGA